UGACAGACAGACGGGCAAAAUAACAGUUUGCUGACUCGUAGGGAGGUCUGAGGUUCGAAACUUUCUCCGUCUGAAAUUUUGAGGAAACUAACCCCAGUUGAACAAAUUAAAACGCCGAGUCAACCUUGUCGCAAUACCGCAUUCAAAUCCAACAAAGGUUUUUUUAACUCUGUACAAAUGUGGAGAUAACAAAACAAGGGUACUAAAUAUAUAUGUGUGUCUAUCUGCUUCUUUCCCAAAAAAAGUAGGGCGCUGAAGAGAAUAAAUACCGUCAAAAUUCCUUGUCGAUAAUGCUGAAUGACGGGAGUUUAUUGUUGUUGUUGUAGGGUUGGAUUGGUCUGGUAUUAGUUGUUCUUUUUAAAUUUAGUCAUCUUGUGUUAUCAUCAUUGGUUUUCUGAGCUCAUUGCCAUUGACGUUCGAAACCAAACCCUCGGUUCAUUUGGAGGUUGGUACUCUAAAAUAUAUGCAGCGGCUGCCGUGGAAUGAAGGAUUCCCUAGGUAAUCGUCCGAUACCUGAGCUUUCAAUUGAGCGUUGAAUCUUAUGUAGAAAUCUUCGAAAUCUGGAAGUAAAUUAGGGUAUUUGACGCCUGGGAGAAUCUGGGGGUCGUUUGUGUUUAGCAAUCUUUUAUAAUCUUCCUGCGGGCGCAGGGACUUUGCUGUUUUCGCUGGUUUACAUUGGUGCGGGAUUUGAAAGAGGUUGUAGGGAGAAAAUUGAGGGUUUCGUAUUGGGAAAUUUGUCUGGAUUUGAAUAAGUUCGUUUCGACAGAGUCUUUCUGGAGCGAAAGGGUUUGUUUGUAGAUUGAGGGGGAGAUUCUGUGUAAAAUACGAUUAGGUUUGGAGUGUUUCUUUGCUGGAAUAGAUCCUGGCUGUCUCUUUUAAAGUUUGAAUCUUUGGGCACCUGAAGAGGUUGGAAACUUUGGGCCGGACGUUUGAUUGCGUCUGCUCUGUUCGUUUUUUUAUUUUGGAGAGUUUUUAGAGAUUUGUGCGAGUGGAACCUUAACGCUUCAGGUGAAGUGAAGUGAAUAUAGAAUUAGUGUAAAUGUUUGGAACAAGCUCGCACUUUGGCCGUGGCGGCGGUCAUGGACGCGAGCAGUUUCAUGAUCCACAGAACGGGAGCCGCCAUUCAAAUAUACGGCGUUCUCGCGGUGGAUUUUCACAGGGUAAAUUUUAUCAACACCCAAAUAAGAGAGCUGCAGAGAAGGCUGCAGAGGAAAACCGCCACACUGCUGCUGCGGAUAGUUGUUGCAGGAGUGAGAAGAAGGCAUGUUGCAAUCUGGAUCGAUUUUUGGAAUACACAACUCCCAUGGCUCCCUUGCAGCAUUUGCCGAAGACAAUUUCAAAAGGUUUGAGGGCAUCUGAGGCUGAAUGUGUGCCCUUCUUCACUCUUGGCGAUCUGUGGGAAUCGUUCAAUGAGUGGAGUGCGUAUGGUGCUGGAGUACCGAUUUUGUUGAAUGGAAGUGACACUGUUAUUCAGUAUUAUGUACCAUUUUUAUCUGCUAUUCAGAUUUAUACUCAGACUUCAAGGCCCACUAUAUCAAUAAGGCGCCCUGGGGAAGAGAGUGAUAGUGAUUAUAGAGAUACAAGUAGUGAAGGUAGUAGUGAUGGUGAAGUGGACUUAAAAUAUAGCGGGUCCAUUCACAAGAGAAACACCAGGGGAUUUGAUUGUGCUGCACAGGAAGGCUUUUCUAGUGAUGAUGGUGAAGGAAACAGCUGUCUUCGAUUUCAAUAUUUUGAGCGUGCCGUUCCUUACAGUCGUGAGCCUCUUGCAGACAAGAUUGCACAUCUUGCCCAGAGUUUUCCACAACUAAAGACAUUAAGAAGCAUUGAUCUGCUGCCAUCGAGUUGGUUUUCAGUUGCAUGGUACCCAAUAUACAGGAUACCAACAGGCCCAACCUUGCAAGACCUGUCUGCAUCUUUUCUAACGUUUCACUCUCUUUCAACACCUUUUAAAGAUGGUCGCAACAAUCACAUUAAUGUUGGAGAGAAAAUGGUACCUUGUAAUCGAAUAAAUAAUUCAGGGGGCUCUUUGAAGAUAGCUUUACCUGUGUUUGGCCUUGCUUCUUACAAGUUCAAGGGUACAGUUUGGAAUGCAACUGGCAACUGUGAACGGCAGCAGGGUGAUUCUCUGCUUCAGUCAGCUGAUGAGUGGUUGAGGUUACAUCAAGUGCAACAUCCAGAUUAUGAUUUUUUCCUUUUGCAUAGUAAAUUCUAAUCGAGGAUGAAUUAAAGGCAUGGCAUUUGGUCUCCCGUUCAGUUGAAAUGAGUGAUUGGGUGAUAUGUGGCUUAUUUUUUAAUUACAGCCAUUGACAAGACCAGUGGAGUGUGUGAACCAGCCAGAUGAGGAUUGUUCACAUGCUCUACUAUGAUCCAAUAAUAAGGAAAAAAAAAAAGGCUCAAAAUCUCCUGUAGCAGAAAAUUGAGAAGCUACCGGUCGAACUCAUAACCUAAAAGGCUUAUAAGAAAAAAAAGAAAGUUUUAUGUAAAGGUCUGGCUUGUCUAUUUGAAAGAAAAAGAAAAAGAAUCCUGAUUUCAGAAGUAGAAGGAAGAGAAAAUGCUGCAAUGAAAUGAAGUGGCCAGAACUUUGGAUAUCUAAGAAUCCAUGUUUUCCAUUUAUAAUUCUUUACCAGAAGUCCCUGUAUUUUUGUGGUUUCAGGACUUGAUUCAUGCAGGUUUCUCUCUUCCUUGGUUUCAACAAGGCACAAUUUUAUCUGUAAUCUUUUCAGUGUGUGGCUGCAGACCUGUGGUUGCAGAUGAUCAUUAACCAGUGAUGAAUGCCUUAGUAGUUUUUUGGUUUACAUUAAUGGCUUUUGAUAUGAAAAACACUGGUUUUUGAUGAUUGGCAGAGCAUAAAUAAUUUUGAAGACUAAUUUCUCAAAAGUUGGGCAGCUUAAUGGAUGCCUGUUGUUAGUGAGAGGGAACUGUUGCUUAUUGAGUGUCAUUGUAAUAAGCAUUUGAUUUUUCUCCAAGGGAUUUUUGCUACAAAUAUCAGUUGUGGCUAGUGUAGGAUCAUUAUUUGUCCUAUCAGUCUCUCUUUGGAGUCAAGGGAAAAAGGAAAUGAGUGAAAACUCUCAAGUUAUAUUAAGAUAUUUCUUGAGGGUUUCUGUAUGCUUUGGGUUCCAUAUGAUUGAUUUAUUUUUGCA